AUGAAUGAUGAUGUUUUGUACGACGUAAACCUAGAUGACCAGUCAAGUGAGAGCUCUACCCAGUUGGAAGUGAUAGCCGAGCAAUCCAAGAAAGAAGUGUCUGCAAUUCCAGAAAUGCCAACCAUAGCGGGCAAAAAUCUAUUCGAAUUCGAGAUCGACACAAUAGAGGACAAGCCAUGGAGAAGGCCCGGUGCCGAUAUAACGGACUAUUUUAAUUACGGCUUUGAUGAGCACACAUGGAAGCUGUACUGCGCAAAGCAGAGGAGUCUGAAGGAAGAGUACAAGGAUGACUGCAAAGAGGCGGGUGAGAUCAGUCCGAGCACAGAAAGAAGACGAGUGGUAAAGGGCAGAGAUGAUUACAGGGGACGAGAUGAAUACAAGAGAAGACAUGGCUAUAAUUGA